AUUACAGGUGAAAUUUAUCCCUAUCAGAGCAGAGAAUCAUGCAAAAUCAUAUAAAAUUCAUCUCUCUCUCAUUUGCUUUUCAUGGCAUCAAUGUUGCCACUGCCGUUACGUGUUACGACACAGGAAACUUUACAGCUAAUAGUACUUAUGCGAAUAAUCGGUACCAAAUCCUCUCUUCUCUGGCUCCCAAGGUCUCUGCAAAUGGUGGUUUCUUUACCACCAGCGUCGGCCAAGAACCCAACAAAGUAUACGCUCUUAGGCUUUGCAGAGGGGAUGAUACAUCAGAGUCUUGUUUCAAUUGUGUCAACUCCACCAGUCAACAACUCAUUACAGAGUGUCCAAACCAGAAAGAAGCACUUUUUUGGGGAGGUUAUCCUCCAUGUCUUGUACGCUAUGCGAACCGCUCCUUUUUCGGGCAACUGGAGCUCUCUCCUGAUGCGGCUGGCUAUAAUACUGGUGAUAUAUCUUCAGCUAGAACGGAGUUUGAUCAGAAAUGGAAAGCUUUGAUGGAAAGGAUGAUUGAAAGAGCUUCAAGUGGCUCUUCCAGGAUUAAGUAUGCAACAGAGGAAGUGAGAGCCACUGUGUUUCAUGAGAUAUAUGCACUGAUGCGGUGUACUCCGGAUCUGUCUCAGAGUGACUGCAAGAAGUGUCUGAGAAAAAACGUAGCGAGAUUUCAGAAUUGCUGCCAUGGAAAGCAAGGAGGUUAUGUUUGGAGACCUAACUGUAUUUUACGGUGGGAUUUGUAUCCCUUUUACAAUGCUUCUGCGUCUCCUCCAUCCCCAUCACUCUCUCCUCCAUCCCCAUCACUCUCUCCUCCAUCCCCAUCAGUGUCUCCUCCAUCUCCAUACAGUAAUUCUCCUCCAGGGACAACAAAUGCAAACGAUGAUGAUGAUGGCAAUGGACCUCGUACGGUUGCAGCUAUUGUUGUUCCUACAAUUACCUUCAUCGCAUUUGUUGCCCUCACUUGCAUCUUUCUGAUCCUAAGGAGAAGGAAGCGCUGUCAGGAGGUCAAAAAUGGGGAUGAAGGUGUGAGUGUGAAAUCCUUGCAAUUUGACUUGGGGACGAUAAGAAAUGCAACUGAUAACUUUGCUGAUGCAAAUAAACUUGGACAAGGGGGAUUUGGUGCUGUUUACAAGGGUGCACUUCCAGAUGGACAAUAUGUAGCAGUGAAGAGACUGUCUAGACAUUCGAGUCAAGGAGAAGUAGAAUUUAAGAAUGAGGUGUUGUUAAUGACGAGCUUUCUACACAGGAAUCUGGUCAGGCUUCAUGGUUUCGGCUUUGAAGGAAGGGAAAGGCUUCUGAUAUAUGAGUUUGUGCCUAACUCAAGCCUCGAUCACUUCAUAUUUGAUCCAACAAAGCGUGCUUUACUGAGUUGGGAAAUGCGCUACAGAAUUAUCGAGGGCAUUGCUCGAGGACUUCUUUACCUUCAUGAAGAUUCUCGACUGCGAAUUAUUCAUCGCGAUCUCAAAGCAGGCAACAUAAUGUUGGAUGAAGAAAUGAUUCCCAAGAUUUCAGAUUUUGGAAUGGUAAAAUUGUUUGAAGCGGAUCAAACUCAAGAAAAUACAAGCAGAGUCGUGGGCACCUAUGGAUAUAUGGCUCCUGAGUAUGCAAUACGCGGACACUUCUCUGUUAAAUCUGAUGUGUAUAGCUUUGGCGUAUUGGUUCUGGAGAUCAUCAGCGGUCAAAAGAUCAAUCAUUUCCGUUAUGGGGAAGAGGCUGAGCACCUCCUAACUUUCGCUUGGAAAAACUGGAAGGGAGGGACAGUGUCAAAUUUGGUAGAUCCACUACUGAGGAUUGGUUCAAGAAGUGAAAUGAUGAGUUGUAUCCAUAUUGGACUACUCUGUGUUCAAGAAAAUGUAGCCAGUAGACCAACCAUGGCUUCAGUUGUUCUAAUGCUCAGUAGCUCCUCUGUUUCCCUCUCAGCACCCUUGAGACCUGCGUUUUUCAUCGGCACUUUUGUGGAUUCUGAGGCAUCAGCAGAUCAAUCAAAAAGUGCAUCUGUUAAUUUCACCAUCAAUGAGGCUUCAAUCACUGAGGUAGUACCUCGAUAAUGCGCAAGGAUGGAGGCAGUGUCAUGAGGUAUUAUAUAUACAGGGCAAUUCUUCCUACAUCUUCGUUCUUUGACAAUGAAGCUGGAAAGAAGUUCGUCUCUUAAAGGUACAAUUCAUUAGUGAAUGCAGUUUCUUUAAUUAUUCUAUGUUCAUCAAAUAUACAUUUAGUACUAGCUAUAAGUGUGCUACCAUUAUUUCCUAAGCAGGCUUUUCACACCAAGAACAAUAUUACUAGUUACUCAGACCUCUUGCAGUACUUAGCACGAUGAUUGUUUGAGUUAGAGAUGUUUCUGUGCAGUGAAGUCAUUUUUUUCUUAUCACUCGUAGUUAGUUAAAAGUUUAUCUUUGUCCGGUCCAGUUAAAUCUUUGUUAGUUGUUGUGUUCUCCUUAUACUUCUAUAUUUAUUAACAGAC